AUGAGCAAGCGUGCGCUCGUCGAGCUGGUCACCAAGAAGUACGUCAGGGGCUGGGACGAUCCCCGCCUCUACACCCUCGCCGCCCUCCGCCGCAGGGGCGUCCCCCCGGGCGCCAUACUGGCCUUCAUCAACGAGCUCGGCGUGACCACGGCCAAGACCACGACCCAGGUGUCGCGUUUCGAGCAGGCGAUCCGCAAGUACCUGGAGACGUCCAUCCCCCGCGCGAUGCUCGUCCUGGACCCGAUUCCGCUGGCCAUCGACGGGUUCGAGGACCUCGCCGUGACGGAGGUCGAGGUCCCAUUCUCGGCGAAGGACCCGUCCAUGGGCACUCAUACGCUGCGGCUCACGCGGACGGUGUACGUGGACAGGUCUGACUUCAGGGAGGACCCUGACGAAGACUUCUUCCGCCUCGCGCCGGGGCGGGCGGUCGGACUCCUGGGGUUCCCGGGGGCACACGUCACCGUUACGGCGUUCACGAAAGGUGCCGAUGGGCGGGUUGACGGGAUCCGGGCCGUCAUAGACGGUGGUAGUUCACGUAGGCCCAAGGCGUACAUCCACUGGGUCCCGGAUGGCUCGACGACCGUCGAGGUCCGCGUGCCGGGGAGACUCUUCAGGUCAGAUGACCCUGCGGCUGCGCCGGGGGGCUUUCUGGAGGACAUUAGUCCUGAUAGUGAGACUACGUACCACACCGCCAUGAUCGAGGCAGGGUUUGAGGAGAUCCGCCGGUCAGGACCGUGGCCCAGGGAGGCUGGCGGGGCAGAAGACCAGGAGGCCAUCGGCCCGGAGAACACAAGGUUCCAGGCCAUGCGUCUCGGUUACUUUGCAAUUGACAAGGACAGCACGAGUGAGCGCACCGUCCUGACACGGACCGUGUCGCUCAAGUCGGAUGCAGGGAAGGACUAA